AUGAGCAACAAGAUAGUGCCUGGCGUGUACCGUCACAUCGUCGAUGAUGUUAUGGCAAACAUCAGAUCUGAGUUCGAAGAGUUCGGCGUCGACGAGCGAGUGUUGACCGACCUUCAGGCGAGGUGGGAAAGCAAGAUUCUGAGUUCAAACGUUGCAGAAUUCGAGAGAGCACCUCCGCAACAGCCGCAACCGCAUCUCGUCUAUCCAUCUGCCCCACCUUCCCUUCCAGGCCCACCCCUCUCGACGCGCUACUCUCAUCCUAACCACCUUGAUUCAACUCAGCCUCCGCCACUCGCCGCUCCGCCUCCGUCCACGCUCUAUCCGCGUCUCCCAUCAAACGGCGUUGGGAAUCCGCUCGGUUCUGGCUCGCCUUACGGCUUCAAUGCCUCAUUACCACCAGUGAAACAGGAACCUCAGACUCAAACACUUCCGCGAAUACCACAAUUAGAUGGACCAUCAUCUUCAUCGCAGGAUUCUGAUGGUUCAUCCGAUGAAGCAUCACCGUCUCCGAUAUCGAAACCUGUUCCACUGCCAUCUCUGAAAGUUGAGAAGAAGGAAGAAAUUGAUGACGAAGCAGUCAUAGGUUCCGAUCUUGAUGACUCAGACGAUGAUGAUAAUCUCGCAGGAAUUGGAGAUGACCCAGUGAAUGGUGCCAAGGACAUCGUAUUUUGUACUUAUGACAAGG